AGUGCGCAGGCUCCAGUCGGCGCCUGCCCAAACCGUGAGGCGACACCCAGCAGCGGUUGAGGUGCCUUCGCGCCGGAGGUUCUUGAUACGAGAUGCUGGUGUUGAUGUUGGUGGCGGCGGCGACCUUGCGGCUCUGCUUGGUGGCCGGAGCUCAGCAGCUGUGCCGUAUUCACACGGUGAGGACAGGAAAGGUGUUUCAUGUUAGUCAGCAAAUUCAAGGGGACCAUCUGUAUUUUUCAUCGAGGACACCACGCUUGAUUAAACAUCCUUGCAAGAAAAACAUAGCCCUGUAUCUAGGAAGACAAAUUUUUUUCACAAGAGAUAAUUUCAAGAGUAGUCUCCUUCCACUUUCCGUCCCUACAUCGAUAAAGGUCGGCGUACCGGAAGUAACAUCGGCACAUAUCGCUGGCUCGGUGUUGCUGUUAGUAGUGAAUCAAAAAGUCUAUGUUUAUGAUUACGAGGCCAAUUUCUGGAACGCAUCUAUAGGUAUAGAACACCCUGUUUCACAUAUUUCUGGUGAUAAUUGUUGUUACAGCGGACAUCCCUUUUGUGUGGAUAUAAGUAAUUCCGUGUUUGCUUAUUUGCAUGGAGAUCAGAUAUCUCAGACCAACGUGUAUUUCUCAAACACCCGGGGAUACACAUUUCAGAAGUUUGCCUACGAAAGACAGGCAGAACUAGUCGGGUCUUUGGGUGGGGUCUUCUACCUUCACUCCUUGUCACAGGUUGGGCUGCUUCUCAUUGACCAAGGGAAGGCUAUGUUCAGCUACUCAGAACACCCCCUGAACCGCAGUUUGGGGCUGCCCUUUGACUACAACGGGACCCUUGACAUCCUCAUCACCCCGGGCCAGAAAGGCAUUCUGAUCUUCUGGUUUGAGAAGAGCCUGUUGGUUUCUGGAAACGCAGGUCAGCUCGUUUACCCUGUCCCCGUGGACGAAGAACCCCGCAUCUCGUAUUCUUCCGUUUCGGAAGCCAAUGUCACCAUCCACAACAUCGCUGCCAAUCAGAAUGAACUGGCAGUCUUAACUCGGGAGAACAGUUUGUAUUAUGGCAGCCUCGGAAUCCUGCCAAGUUCUCUAAUCAAAUUUUCAGGCCAAAACAUCUGGUCCCAAGAGGCAGCCGUGAUGUUCACUGAUGUGGGGCAAGUGGAAAUACUGACCCCGCUCCCCGAUCCAAUGUUUCCAGCUUUUGAUUUCCAGAGGUGCCCUAUGAACGUUCAGGAGAUUCUCAUGGAUCCCCAACUCCAAGUUGACAUUUGCAAAGUAGAGCUUCUGCAAGGAGAGUUUGACAACAGGAUGUACAGCAUCGACAUGAACAGCAAACUGCAGCUCACGGCGCUCAUGAUUCCGCGGCCAGGCAGGUCACCGGUCCCACUGGCAAUGGUGAGCAACCCCCACUCCCUGGGGCUGCAGGUGGCCAUCUACGAGGACGGCUAUACCUACGACGGAAACACCAAGCACAGACUGAACAUCUCCCUAAGGCAGCAGCACCACUGGGGCAGGGCCAACCCCAACUUCACCUCCAGCAUAAAGAAACCCACAGUAUCUACCAUCACUCUGGACAUAGCCAACAAGGAAAUUUCCUGUGUGGACCUCAAGCCACUGACGGCACUCAUUUCAGUGGGUUGUGACCAGGAGAAAAAGAUCGUCAUUCAGAACGAAAUCUCAGCCUGUUCCAACGGCAUCCUGGACCCCGUGGGCCUUCAGGACAACUACAGCUACAUCAUCGAGAAGGAAGCGUAUGACCCCAACUUCCGGGGACAGAUGUCCCGCGAGGACCUGGUGGUGAACUAUCGGUACGAGAAGCUGGGCUGCCCCCGCCUCGUCUACUACAACACCCCCUGGAGGCCGGUGGUGGAACUGUGGCGGGAAGGAAAGUUCCAGGAGGUGACGAAGGCAGAGUUCGUCCUGCUGGAGGUGAACGGGCUGUUCACGUACACGUACUCCCUGACCGCCCAGACGGCGCUGUGCAGAUCCCAGCCGCAGAACUGGACCACCAUCCUGGAGAGCUCAGGCGACAAAAGGCCCUUCUUCGCCUGGGACCGAGAGAACUACAUCAGCUGCCAUGACCCCGACAACGACGCCCCUCUGAGAUGGCCAGAUGUCCCGUAUCAGAUCUUGGGAGGCCCAACAGCAAACAAGGUUAUUUUUGACCAAAGGAACGGGAUCUAUGUCUUCUUCCUUUCUAUCGUGGAUCCCUACUACAGUUACUGUCACCUGGAGACCACCUUCAGCGUCUACGUCUAUGGGGCCUUGCCCCCGUCCAUCAUCCCGACGACGGUCACCAUCAUCCCGCUCAUAAUGGCCAUGCUGCUGUCCGUGUGGUCGGCCUACAUGAUCCCCAAACUGCUGCACACCGAGAAGGGCCUCAGACUCAAGGAGUUCUGGAUGAAUCUGUGCAGGAGACUCAGAAACCUUUGCCCGUGUUUCCAAGGCAGGCGCUGAGCGCACAGCGGAGGAGCCCAGAGUUGUCUUAAAACAAAGCAUUCUGGAAAAAAGCCA